CAUCAAGUUACUCAGACCUUCCCCAAAUAUUGUAUAAUAAACAAAAUGAAUGGCCAGCGUCACAGGCAUCAUGAGCAACAUCUACGAGUCGGCAGCCAGCACUCUGGGCCUUUUCAGCAGCCCGUGCCUGACCAAGGUGGAGCUGCGUGUGGCCUGCAAGGGCAUCUCAGACCGGGACGCGCUGUCCAAACCGGACCCCUGUGUGGUACUUAAGAUGCAGUCGCACGGCCAAUGGCUGGAGGUGGACAGAACGGAGGUGAUACGAAGCUCCAUUCACCCCACCUUCUCUAAGGUGUUCACCGUGGACUUUUACUUUGAAGAGGUGCAGAGACUGCGGUUUGACCUGUAUGACAUCAGCAGCACCCAUAAUGGAAUCAGAGAGGCCGACUUCCUGGGGGCCAUGGAGUGCACCCUGGGCCAGAUCGUGUCCCAGAGGAAGCUUUCCAAAAGCCUCCUGAAGCAGGGGAACACAGCAGGGAAGUCCUCCAUCACGGUCAUUGCCGAAGAGCUGUCAGGAAACGAUGACUAUGUUGAGCUCUCGUUCAGUGCUAGAAAGUUGGACGACAAGGAUUUUUUUAGCAAGUCGGACCCAUUCUUAGAAAUCUUCCGGAUGAACGAUGAUACCACACUGCAGCUGGUGCACAGGACCGAGACUGUCAUGAACAACUUGAACCCAGUCUGGAAAACCUUCAAGGUCUCAGUGAAUUCCCUGUGUAGUGGUGACCAUGACCGCACACUGAAGUGUACAGUAUGGGACUGGGAUUCCAAUGGAAAGCACGACUUCAUCGGAGAGUUCCAGACAAAUUUUAAAGAGAUGCGAGGAGCCAUGGAUGGAAAACAGAUGCAGUGGGAAUGUAUAAACCCCAAGUACAAAAUCAAGAAGAAGAACUACAAGAAUUCUGGCAUUGUCAUUCUGAACCAGUGCAAGAUCAUUAAGAUGCACUCCUUCCUGGACUACAUCAUGGGCGGCUGCCAGAUUCAGUUUACAGUAGCGAUCGACUUCACAGCUUCCAACGGAGACCCCCGGAAUAGCUGCUCCCUGCACUACAUCCAUCCAUACCAGCCCAACGAGUACCUCAAGGCUCUCGUUGCUGUGGGGGAAAUUUGCCAGGAUUAUGACAGUGACAAAAUGUUCCCAGCGUUUGGCUUCGGAGCUCGGAUUCCACCUGACUUUAAGGUCUCCCACGAUUUUGCUGUGAACUUCAAUGAGGAGAACCCAGAAUGUGCAGGAAUCCAGGGUGUCGUCGAGGCAUACCAGAGCUGCCUUCCCAAGAUCCAGCUCUAUGGCCCCACUAACAUCGCCCCCAUCAUACAGAAGGUGGCCUGCUCUGCCUCUCAGGAGAUGCACACCAAGGAGGCCAUGCAAUACUUCAUCCUGCUGAUCCUGACGGACGGCGUCAUCACUGACAUGGCGGACACACGGGAGGCCAUCGUGCAUGCCUCCCACCUGCCCAUGUCGGUCAUCAUCGUGGGCGUGGGCAACGCCGACUUCAGCGACAUGCAGAUGCUGGAUGGCGACGACGGCAUCCUGCGCUCGCCCAAGGGGGAGCCCGUGCUCAGGGACAUCGUGCAGUUCGUGCCCUUCCGCAACCUCAAGCACGCCUCGCCUGCGGCCUUGGCGAAAACCGUCCUGGCAGAGGUCCCGAACCAGGUGGUUGACUACUACAACAGCAAGGGGAUCAAGCCCAAGUGCAUGUCUGAGUAUGAGUCUUCCAGGACGUUUGGCCCUUAGGCCAGGAGCACAAUGGCUCAGCAUCGCCCUCAAAGAAACGGCAUGUUUCAGCUCUUCUUAACGUCCUUUUUGCAUGUACGGUCACUGAAGCUUGCAUCUCUUACCAAUUGUAUUGUGAAAGACUGUUUGUAUCCUUAGAGACAGUUUGUAUGGAGAAAACAAGCAAUUGAACAAUUAAUGUAACGAACUGCAGUAAACAGAUAGUUUUCCGUACAGUAUGAGCAUGCUGACCUGCAAGGUCUCCGCGUUUUUAUACGGGUUUGUUGAAAUUUCUUACAUUUCGUAAUAUUCUUACAUUGUAAAGCAUUUUGGACCACUGGAGAAUUAUUAGUUGUAUGUAUUAGAGCCAUUUGCAUCUCCCAGUCAGAUAAAGCGGGUGGAUGCAUGGACAUGCAUGUCCCGCAUGUCAGUGAUGAGAAAUUGGGUCUUUUCCAUUGUUUUUGUUGUCCUUUAAACAUAUUGUGAAGGAUCAGUGGUGGCAUUAAUGCAGCUGGUGUCCUGCAGCAUGGUGAUCUGUACCCUAAAUAGGCAUGUUUAGGCUCCAGGAAACAUGGGUGGUCGGCGGGUUGGGGUGGGAUCUUCUGGUGCCAGACAGGAAG